AUGGUCACCAGAAACCAAGACGAGGAAAAGUUCAUGCACAAGCUUGCGAUAGUGUCUGGCGCGUCGCAGGGCUUGGGACUUGCGCUUGCGAAAGCGUUGGCGGCGAGGGGCGCGGAUGUGGUGCUUGUUGCGCGACGGGAGAAGUUGUUGGUUGAGGCGGUGGAGGAGGUUGAGAGAUACAAGCUAAUGGACGGUCAAAUCAUCAAAUACCUAGUCGCAGACCUGACCUCAGCCCCCGAAGCCGAAGGCGUCGUCUCUCUCUGCGGCCGCCCAUCACCGGACUUUGUCUUCUGCUGCGCCGGCGGCUGUACCGCAAAACUUCUCCUCGACACCACCUCUUCCGAACUCGGCUCGAGCGUGGCGAUAAACUACAACACAGCGCUCUACCUCGCGCACGCGUCCAUGCGCGCAAUGGCAGCCACAGGCACGACACAGCACACGCGCUCCAUCGUCUUUUUCUCCUCCGUCACGCAUUUCUACCCAUUCAUAGGCUACGGCUCCUACGCGCCCCUCAAGUCCGCGCUCCGCACCCUCGCCGACGUAAUGCGCCAGGAACUCCUUCCCUAUAACGUCUCCGUGCCCGUCGUUUUCGCGGGCAAUUUCCUCUCCGAAGGGUAUGAGCAGGAAAACCUGACAAAGCCGGAAAUCACCCGCAAGAUCGAGGGUCCAAGCGAAGCCAUCCCCGCCGAUCUCUGCGCGGAGAAAGUCAUUCGCGCGAUGGUGCGCGGUCAGGAGAUGAUCACCACCGACACGAUCGGCUGGUUCUUAUCAGGCUUAGUCCUCGGUGCGUCGCCGCGAUCGAAUUACCUUCUCACGACUUUAUUCGGCGUUCUUUUCGCGGUCUUUUCGCCCGUGUUUGAGUGGGUUGUUGAACGGGAUAUUAAAGCGUUCUUCAGGACGCGGGUCGAUAGGUCAACCGCGGUGCUCACGCAGGCGGCGACGACGGAGUCGGCGGGGAGUCAGCGGUCAAAUGAGAGUAAGGAGAGCACUUUGAGUUGA